AUGCAGUGGAAUGCAAAGUCGUUUUUAUCGUGUUUGUAUUGCACAUUUUCGCUGUUCUUUUGGAUAACACUUGGCACGACACUGGUCAAUGUGGUUGGAUCCCAUCAAGGAAUUCCCGUGUCAGUUGUGAAGCUGUGGGCUUCAGCUUUUGGGGGAGAAAUGAAGUCCAUCUCAGCUAAAUACUCGGGCUCUCAGCUUUUACAGAAGAAAUAUAAAGAGUUUGAACGCUCAGUCCACGUUGAGGAGAUUGAUGGACUCAAACUGGUCAAAAGACUGGCAGAAAACAUGGAGGAAAUGUUUCACAAGAAAGCAGAGGCCAUGAAACGACUGGUUGAGGCGGCAGAGGAAGCCCAUCUACAGCAUGAAGAAGACCCUAACCUACAGUACGAGUAUUUUAAUGCGGUGUUGAUAAAUGAAGUGGAUGAGGAGGGCAAUAGUGUGGAGCUGGGUGGAGAGUUCAUCCUACAGCCAAACGACCAUUUCAACAACCUGUCAGUCAACCUUAGCCUAAGUGUGGUCCAGGUUCCCACCAACAUGUACAACAAAGACUCGGCGAUAGUGAACGGUGUGUACUGGUCUGAGGCUCUGAAUAAAGUCUUUGUGGAUAACUUUGAGAGGGAUCCCUCUCUGAUAUGGCAGUACUUUGGCAGUGCUAAAGGUUUCUUCAGACAAUAUCCAGGCAUCAAAUGGACUCCAGAUGAACAUGGAGUCAUAGCAUUUGACUGUCGAAAUCGAAAAUGGUAUAUCCAGGCGGCGACCUCUCCUAAGGAUGUGGUGAUACUGGUGGAUGUGAGUGGGAGUAUGAAGGGGUUGAGACUGACCAUUGCCCGACAGACUGUCUCCUCCAUCCUGGACACACUGGGUGACGACGACUUCUUUAACAUCAUCGCUUAUAAUGAAGAGCUGCAGUAUGUGGAACCUUGUUUAAACGGGACACUGGUCCAGGCUGAUGUGACCAAUAAAGACCAUUUCCGUGAGCAUUUGGAUAAGCUUUUUGCCAAAGGUAUCGGCAUGUUAGACAUCGCUCUGACUGAGGCCUUUACUCUGCUUAAUGAAUUUAAUCAGACAGGGCGUGGCAGUGUGUGCAGUCAGGCCAUCAUGCUGGUGACAGACGGAGCCGUGGACACGUAUGAUGCCAUCUUCGCCAAGUACAACUGGCCUGACAGGAAGGUCCGCAUAUUCCCUUACCUGAUUGGUCGAGAGUCAGCGUUUGCUGAUAAUCUGAAAUGGAUGGCCUGCGCCAACAAAGGCUAUUUCACUCAGAUUUCCACUCUGGCUGAUGUUCAGGAGAAUGUUAUGGAAUACCUGCAUGUGCUCAGCAGACCGAAGGUUAUUGACCAAGAGCAUGAUAUCGUCUGGACAGAGGCUUACAUCGACAGCACACUCCCUCAGGCUCAGAAGCUGGAGGACAGACAGGGUCCAGUGUUAAUGACCACCGUGGCCAUGCCUGUGUUCAGCACAAAGAACGAAACGAGGAAUAAGGGUAUCCUGUUGGGAGUGGUGGGCACAGACGUGCCAGUCUCUGAGCUUCUGAAAACCAUCCCCAAGUACAAGCUUGGUAUCCAUGGCUAUGCAUUUGCAAUCACAAACAAUGGGUACAUCUUGACACACCCUGACCUCCGACCUCUGUAUGAAGAGGGAAAAAAGAGGAGAAAACCAAACUAUAGCAGUGUUGACCUGUCUGAGGUGGAAUGGGAAGAUAAGGAGGAUGUGCUGCGUAAUGCCAUGGUUAACAGGAAGACUGGAACUUUCUCUAUGGAAGUAAAGAAGACUGUGGAUAAAGGGAAACGUGUCCUGGUUCUACACAAUGAUUACUACUACACAGACAUCAAAGGAACCCCAUUCAGUUUAGGGGUGGCUUUGUCCAGGGGUCACGGCAAAUACUUCUUCAGGGGGAGUGUCACUGUAGAGGAAGGACUUCAUGACUUGGAGCAUCCAGAUGUUGCCCUUGCAGAUGAGUGGACAUACUGUAACACAGACGAACAUCCUGAGCAUCGUUACUUAUCUCAGAUUGAAGCCAUUAAACUUUAUCUAAGUGGAGCAGACCCACAGCUCCAAUGUGAUAAGGAGCUGAUUCAAGAAGUUCUCUUUGAUGCUGUGGUAACAGCACCACUGGAAGCCUACUGGACCAGCCUGGCUCUCAAUAAAUCAGAGAACUCUGAUAAAGGGGUGGAGAUAGCCUAUCUAGGCACUCGGACCGGCCUAUCCCGAAUCAAUCUGUUUGUGAUGCCUGACCAGCUGACCAAUCAAGACUUCCUGACUCGUGAAGAUAAAGAGGGUGUGUUUAAUGCUGACCAUUUUCCACUCUGGUACAAGAGAGCAGCAGAGCAAGUGCCAGGAACCUUUGUCUACUCCCUCCCAUUCAAUACAGGCUCGGAGAAUAAGAGCGUGGUAUUGGCCAGUACAGCCAUUCAGCUUCUGGAUGAGAGGAAGUCUCCCAUUGCCGCAGCUGUUGGGAUCCAGAUGAAACUGGAGUUUUUUCAGAGAAAGUUCUGGACUGCCAGCAGACAGUGUGCAGCGCUGGAUGGAAAAUGCUCCAUUAACUGUGACAGUGAUGACAUAAACUGCUACCUCAUAGACAACAACGGCUUUAUCCUGGUGGCUGAAGACUACACCUUGACAGGGGUGUUUUUUGGAGAGGCAGAGGGAGCAGUGAUGAAUAAACUGCUGACCAUGGGCUCUUUUAAGAGAGUUACGCUCUAUGAUUACCAGGCCAUUUGUAAGAUCUAUGCAGAGAGCAGUGACAGUGCAGGAAGUCUAUUAGAUCCCUACUUUGCCAUCUUCGCAACAGUCAAGUGGCUUCUGACAGAACUUGUCAUUUUUCUGGUGGAAUUUAACUUGUAUAGUUGGUGGUACUCAGACCUUACAGCUAAAGCUCAGAGGGCAGGGAAGACUAUGCUGGUUCCAUGUGAUACAGAAUACCCAGCAUUCAUCUCAGAGCGCACCAUUAAAGAAACCACCGGCAACAUUGAGUGUAAUGGCUGCAUCAAGUCGUUCGUGAUACAGCAGAUUCCCAGCAGUAAUCUGUUUAUGGUGGUGGUGGACAACAAGUGUGACUGUCAAGAGAUCGGACCAAUCACAAUGGAUCCCAUUGAGAUCAUUUAUAAUGAAUCUCUGAAAUGUGAACGGCUGAAGCUGCAGAAAGACAGGAGACGCCCAGACACCUGCCAUCCUUUCCACCCUGAGGAGAAUUCCAUGGAGUGUGGAAGUGCGUUUGGCUUUACCCCGUCCCUCACGGCAACUCUCCUCCUCUCCCUACUGGCCAGCACAUUACCUAGGUGA